AUGCCUUCGCGUGCAUCGUCAGCCGUGGCGAGCAGUAUCUUCAACUUGACCGGUCUUCUUCAAAGCUUGCCGUCGGCGGUGCGCCGUCAAGGCCUUACAAAAUGCUCGACAUGCCUGUUUUCGACCACGCCUGCCUUGGAAGCUAAGCGGUCCUCCAAAAAGCGCAAAACGCGUAGACAUAUCGACCCAUACCGUCUAGCUCAAGCACGACAGCGUAAAGCUGCAAACCUGGCACGGCAGAACGUGUUGAACGAAGAGCGCAACUUGGCCCUGGGCAACCCCGUCCGGUCACGACCGACACCUUUCAUCGAAUCCUUACACUCGAGCACACCGUUGGAAUCCGUCAAAGAGUCAUACCUGAAUUAUUUGCUGAAACAAGAAGAGCUCAAGAAAUCGUUGGAGCACUCUGGAUGGCUCACCGAACCUCUACCCGAGCCGAAUCAAGUCCCCGGGGCGAACGAUAAUCUUGCCGAAAGAAUCAAAGAGCAUGUUGAAUCCCAUGAAAAUGCGUCGACGGCUCUAUUGGCAAUCGCCUCAUUGGACAGUGGAAGCAGCAAAGACCGCACUCGAGUGAACAUCCAGAGGUGCAUCGAAGAGUUCGGCCGUCACCACACUGACAAAGUUCUUCCACCCAGACUAAAGAGCACGCAAGCUCCGUCGUCAUCUUCCAGUAGCGAAGGGGCUGCAGUCGAAGUUCCGAAACGGGUUGGACAAGAUACGGGAUCCCCAGAAGUCCAGAUUGCCAUCCUGACGGCGAAAAUCAACGUGCUGGCAGACAACCUGCACAGGAAAGACAAGAGCAACAAGCGCCAUCUGAGGCUCAUGGUGCACAGGAGACAAAAGUUAAUGGCGUAUCUGAGACGUCAGGACAGAGGCGGGUCUAGGUGGCAGAAUGUUGUGGAGAAACUUGGGCUCAACGACGCCAUGUGGAAAGGGGAGAUCAGUUUGUAA